AUGACGAACAAACAUUCUUACACUGUCUUGGACCCACCAGACCUGUCUCAGAUCCUUAAUGGCGAUGACCAACUCGAGCCUAAUCCCCAGGAGCUAGAAACUGCCAUAGAGAAAUGUCGCGAGUAUUGGUACCACCUCACAGCGAUGGCGAUGUCGCAACGUCAUAACGGAAUCUUACCUGAGUAUGUGAACCCUCGAAAUAUGCUCGGCCGAGUCCCUGCGAUCUGUAAGGGCCUGAGGGGGACUUAUUCAGGUCACUUCGGCUCGUCUCCAAGCAAAGCGCUUUGCGUUCAAGCAUUCUCCACUUGGCGUGUCACCGACAAUACAAGCUGCGUCGUUGUUAAAGAGGAGAAGAAGAUACCGGGAUUACUUCAGAUAGGUACUCGGGUACCAAUUCCGUGUAAAUUUGGUGGAGACACUUUUAGUCGAUGGGUUGGGACUACUUGUGAAGAGAGAGACAUGCCAAGUUAUCUUGGAAUUCUGGCUCUGGGCUGGUGCUAUAUCCUCUCUGCUCGUUUAGUUGAGGGACAGGGAGAAGAUGCCAAAAUGAUAUAUACAGGCUCAACAGCCACACGGUACCACCAAGAAUCCGAGCCUGCACCCGCUCUAACGACUACUGUUAAUAUUGGCGAAGUUGGUGAGGAUGUUGCCCGGUGGUGGGCGGCCAUCUUGGCCCCCGGUGAAGGUUGGAAGGCCAUCGUCUCUCAGCGAGAUGAUGGUGAGUAUUUGGCACCCUGGUCAGUAUCCCGUGAAGACACGCACUGCGUUGGCAUCAAAUGGCGGAGAAACUUGUCAGUCCCUGAGGACUUCACGGGAUCUACUCCCCCGUCGUCCAGCAAGGCGUUCGAGCUCCUUGCGCAAUUUUCUUUACUCCACAACUUAGGUAGCCAAUUUCUUGUGGCUCUGGCGAUGGCAAUAACAUUUCCGACUCAUAAUUAUCAUGCAACAGCCGUCCAUCUACCAUUACCCACGGGUAUCAGAGACGAGGAGGAGAACGCCUUUCCUAGAUCGAUUAUACCAGAAUGGAUUACGGUGAAUGAAGAGCUCCCUUUCUACAUGUCUUUGAGCUGCAGCCCUGAAGUUGUUAUGUCAAGCCUUUGCGGGAUGUUUUGGGAGGCUGAUGUUACAUGCAACCUAGUAAGCCCUUGGUUACAUCCCAUCUUGAAUGAAGUACCGGAGGGUAAAGGGAUUACCGAGACUCCAGGCCGUUAUUACGAAAUAAUUGCUAUUAUAUGCGGUCUUCGUCGGCCACGAAUCUCUGCUCUUUUCCUAGGGGCUGCGGCUAGUGGGCUAAUGCCAACAAUUCUUCGCAGUAUCAGAGGAGGCAGACCGCCACUCGAUGUCAAUGCUUUUCCAUGGACUGGAUGCCCCCAGUCGUUUAUGGAUAUUCCAGGUUCGGGUCCGUAUAUUUGUGAAGGAACGGGCAACAAAGUUCGAAGAGCGGAUGUCUGGCGCCUUCUAUACCUCCCUCCAGUUGUCGAAGAUGACCUCUAUUAUAAUAACCCUCCAUUCACGCCUUGGGCGCCGUUUGGGAACAGCAGUGUGCAGAAUUGUGUGUUUCGGGUUGCCUCUCAUUUACAUUGUACCAGACACUACUUAGAAUAUCAGCACUGGAAUUGGGAGCUAGUGGACGGUUCAAUCGCUGAAGAUCAAGGAUUCGACAAAGGCGCUGUCCAAUACUUUCUAGAAGCAGGCAGUUCAAAAAUCGAAUUGAUAACAACUACGGAGUUUCCUAAAAUCCAGCUUAAUCAGGAAGCGUCCGAAGAGGCAUCGCUUGACGUAUUUCGAUGGGUUAUGGUCAACGGCGAAGGAGUUCCUCCUGAGGAAGUAUAUAAGGACAAGUGGGUACAAUUCGACGACGAUAGUGACGAGGAGCUAGAUUCCGUAAUCGACGACAACAGUGUAGUUGCAGAUAAACAGCAGAAUGGGUUGGAAGAGUGGCUCGGCGGGACUAUUGAGGCCAUCCCAGAUGAAUUUGUAUGA